AUGACUACUGCCGCAAUCGCAGGAACUGAAGGCACCUUGAAUAACAGCUUGCACGCGUCCAUGAACGACUUAUCCGAUCCAUUCGUGGAUGACUUCCAGCCACGACAUUCGUCACACGCCCACCGCUAUUCCAGCUUGGUGGAUCCUGACUCCAUUACGCUGGGCGCAAGCACAUCGCCGUCUCAGGCCAAACGGAGUAUAAUUGCGCAUCUCGCGGAGACGGAGCGGCGUCUUCACGAUGCUCAGAAGCUCGGAGAGUCUCUCCUGCUGCAGCAGUCGCAGCUCACGGAAAAGUUGCGGGAGGUGGAAGAACAGCAGGGAGAUGCCGAAAUCUCGCCAGAGUUGCGGCAGAGACUGGCCGAUCUAGAAAGAGAACAUGAUGAUGUUGGCAAAGAAAUAGCAAGAGCACUGCUGGGUCCCAAGUCAAGGGCAGUCAGUGGCGAAGAAAAGCCAGGGCCCGAACAAUCCACCUUCUCGAGCCAGGCUACUGCGUCUCCAACCAAGGUGACGGCUCCUAGCCGGCGUCAACGGAACCAACCCAGCAAUCGUGCUGGGGACUUGCAAUUCGCAGCCGACAUCAGCACAUCGCUUCUGGCACAAGUGAGACAACUGCAGGGCGCCGUAGCCGAACGGGAUGAACUCCUCAAACACGCCAAUGCCGAACGGGACCAGUUGGAACAGGACAGGCUUGUGUUUAUCCAGCGUUUGCGGGCUCUCGAUGAAAGUGAACAGAAAUAUAAGGAUGAAAACUGGAACCUCGAGACGCAAACGCAUGAGCUUUUGUCCGCGGCUCGCGAGGCUGCUGACCGCGAGAAAAGGCUGUCUGCUGCUCUCGCGGCUGCAGUGGCUGAAAAGAACCGGCUGCAAAGCGAGAUGGAUGAGAUUAGACUGGCUCACGAACAAUUGACCGAUGAACAUGCCACAGCGAAAAAGGCCCAUGAUUCCGAACUACACACUCUCAAGCGGACCAUAGAGAUGGGCGACGGCGAGAGAGCUUUGCUGCAAAGCAAGAUCGAGGAACUAACCGCCCAGAAUCACGAGCUGGCACGGGCAGUAGCUGCACGACUACGCAGCGGACAUACUGACACCGAGUUCUCCGCGGACCAGGAACAUGACGAGGACUUCAGAGACUACGAGGAGCUAGACAACUCGCCGCCUGCGUCGCCCACGAAAGCGACCCCCCGGCAUGGUGGCCUGGAAUCCGAGACUCUGAGGAGCUCAUUGCAUCACGCUCAUCGGAUGAUCCAAAAUCUGAAAAACAAUAUCCACCGCGAAAAGACGGAAAAGAUUGAGCUGAAGCGUAUGCUCCAGGAUGCUAGAGAUGAGCUCGAGCAACGACGUGGAGAUGGUUCGUUGGGUAGCGGAAACAAGCGACAGAAGACCAAAUCGGACGCGUUCAAGAAACCAGCCAGGCUUGAUAUGCUUGGAGGUAGUAGGCGUGCCCGCACUGAUGUCGAACUCGAGGAUGAUGACUGGGAAGAUCAUCUCGUGGACACCCCAACUCACCACAGACUUUUGACUGUGCCAGUCACGGCCCAAGGACCUACAACGGAUGUGAGUGAUGCCUAUCAAACCGCCAACGAGACAGAAGGCGCUUUCGAGACAGCAGACGAGCGCCAUGCCACGGAAAGUGAGGAUUUCCAGACUGGAGCAGAGAGUCUGGCAGGAGAGAGCACCGAUGACUUGACCGAGACGGAAGACACAGCUUCUCAUAUCCGGCGAAUGGCCCCUGGCCGAGUUCUCAGAUCGAGUCUCACAUUCAAACCACCUAGUGACAGGCAGUCUUAUAUUAGCACGGCCUCCACUUCUGCUGGAGAGGAUGAGGACGAGGUGAAGACUCCAGUUCUCGCUCAGUCACACAAAUUCCGCCUGAAGAAUGGAAGACAAUCCUUUGCACGGCAAUCAAGAGUGCCUACCGACAGCACACCCGCAAACCUCAUUUCAGAUGCUUUAUCCCAGGAGUCGCCCGCGACUAUCACCAGCGACCGCAGCCCGCCAACUGCUGAACAGAGCCUCUUUGCGGAGCUUGGUGGCUUGGACGACGCCUCUAGUUUCGGCACUCCAGGGAGAACUAGCAUUGCUUCUGUAGCAUCCACUCCCGGCUUCUCAACCUACACUCCUGGGAGCGAGACUGUGUUGCAGAGAGCACCGCUGGACACAGCAAAAACCUCCAUGGUGGACUCUAGCACGAUGACUGAGCCGUGGCAAGCAGAUGAGGAACAUCCCGCUCGUGCCCUGGUCGAUGCAGGCACAGUCAUGGAGCCGCCCUCUCCGGCCCAUGAGGAUAUGCGAACAUUGCUGCCGUCCGACUUUCCUUUGCCCCCCACGGUCCCAGCCUCCCCUGUCAAGAACAUGGAUAAUGGAACUCAAUACACGCCUCAGAGGACGUUACAAGACAGCCCAAUGAGAAAUACGGCCUUCAUUACGCCUCCCAAGACCGUAUGGGAUGAAGCUCAAAGUCCCGAGAAUUUGCACGCUAACAUUGCCUCUACUCCUCAUCCUGAAACACCUCGCCAGCUAGGCUAUUCGGGUCUUCUUAUGCAUGGCACCACCCCGAAGUCACCUGACAAUAUUACCUUGCCGCCGCAAGCGCUGGAGGUUUUUGGUUUCUCCGGCAUUCAAUCGCAAGCGACAGAACCAAUCCAAGCGGUGCCAUCACGAAAGUCUGUCGACAUUGGAAGCUCGCCGGAGAAAGAUUCAUCUGAGGUCUUGGCUCGUCCAACCGCAGCAGAAGCACUGGGCGCCACUGGCCUUCUUGCAUCUGCUGCAGCUGCUUUGGGUUUUGCCAAAUCCGCCGUUUCCGCUGCUCCUAACAUCGCUGAGGACGAGACAAGUGAACCUGAAAGACGCGCGGGCGACUUGCGAACCGAAGAGUUCCAGCCGCUGAAGGACAUAACUGGAAACAGGACUCCUGCCAGGACUGUCUCGCUACCCAAGUCCAAGCAGCAUGAACAGAAGGACACCCUGUCCCUGAUUUCCAGCAACGACCAAGGCUCACAAACGCUUCUGACCGCCGAACAGAUCGAGGAGGUGCUUCGUCGCAGAAGCAGUAUUCCUGUCUUGUUGCCUAGUGGUGGUGACGCUUCGGAGGUCACUGCACAUCCCCUCAGUCCAUUGACUCCUGCGGGAGGGAUGACUGCAUCUCAAACGGAACAAGGCGUUGCUCCCACCGUCUCAAAUGUAUCCCCUUCCAAGCGACCGUUAAGUGUGUCCAACCAACGACCCUCAAGCAGCAUGGCAUCACAUCCGCCUCUGCCACCUGACCAUAAGGCAGCAAUCGCUAAAGCUGGUGGCCGGGUUGCCUCGCCUAGCCGAGAACCAAGCCUCUCCAGCAAUGUACCGGUGGUCAUGGGACCACCUGCCUUCCCUGCAUCGGCAAUGCGGCGUCCAAAAACUCCUGGGGAAUCCAUCCGUUCUCCGACUCGUGAGAGCAAUGCACCCCGGACUUCCAAUGUUGGCCGGGGCCACCGUGGAACUGUCACGUCUCAGUUGUCUCAUCGUUCAUCUGUGUCCUCUUUUGCCUCGGAGAUUGACGAGCGUUUUAAUAUACACCCACAGACUGGACCUCAGAGCUUCGGCACAGACCCCAGAAUCAUUCAAGCCAUCACCCAAACCAUGAUUGGUGAGUUCCUCUGGAAGUACACACGAAAGGCAGGUCGGUCAGAGAUGUCUGAGACACGACAUCUCCGAUAUUUCUGGGUGCACCCUUAUACCAAAACUCUAUACUGGUCGGAUAAAGAUCCGCAGGCUGCCGGAAGGAACGAGUUAAAGGCGAAGAGCGUCCUUAUACAGAGUGUCCGAGUCGUACCAGAUGACAAUCCGAUGCCGCCAGGUCUUCAUAGAAAGAGUCUUGAAGUCAUUACUCCUGGCCGACGCGUGAGAUUCACUGCAACAACUGGCCAAAGACAUGAAACAUGGUUCAAUGCGCUCAACUACUUGCUGCUUCGGGGCGAUGAUAUACAUUCGGGUGCAUAUGCGACUGAUGGAGACCACAUCACUGGGGACGACUUGAACGAAUUCAACGUCAAUGCUGGGGGUUACGGGGCAACCCUUGCCCCCACUGGCAGUCGGAUGAGUCUCUCAAGCUACAAUUCCCGGACGACUCGUGGGACCAGUUCCAAUCGAGCCUCGGCUGCACAACGGCAACCAGCGGCUGUGACUGGGGUUGCCAACACGAGCGCGCCGCGUGCUCCCCAGGAGUCGGUUGCAUCUCGCACCGCGCCCAACUCGACUGUGCGAAGGAGCCGGGCCGAGCAAUCUCAAGAUGUGGAUCGGGAGCGUACUGUCAGGGCGAGUAGUGUAAGCCGAUUCUCUCGCAUGAUUGGGUCUGUCACCGGACGAAGCCGCAGGAUGAGCGAGACAGCCAAUGUCAACCCUGCUGGAGGUGCUCGCAGCGAAGGCGGCAGCAUUUACGAUGCCAGCGUCGUCAGCGACGGACGCAUUGACUCGGCAGAAGAACUUAGAAGGGAGAUGUUGAGGCAAGAAGAGAUCGGAUUCGGCGGUCUUGAGAAUGUCAGGGCUUGUUGUGAUGGCAAACACGACGUCUCGACACUCAGUCACAGUCACCGACAUGCCACGGGACACGGACCUCACCAUCGAGCACUGAGUAUGAGUAUGAGUAUGAGUUUGCGCGGGACUGCUAGACGAGGCGGGCCCGGAUCGACGCCUGGAAAGCCUGAAGCACCGGCCGCAACAGAAUAUGGCGCAACUGCCACACCUACCAGAUCCGGGAUGACCGCCGCAGCGACGUAA